AUGAACAUGAUGCCCAACGCAAUCAUGGACUUUAUCAACAACUGGUUCGGCAAUAACACCACGUAUAUAACUAAUGCCUACUCUAAGGCUGAAUUCUGUUGGGUACAUUUUCACACCAAACAACUAGCAAUAGAGGCAGCUCAUUCAGCACAGCAUGUGGACACUGUGGAGAGCGUACGGUUACCCUAUUUGGACGAGCAUAACAAGCGGCGGACAACCGACACUCUACUGCUGACCGUAUUGGCCCAGAACAGGGACGGCACAGUCAGUCCCAUUUGUAAUGACUACGAGAUAUCCGCCAACCGAUCGUUCAUAAUCACCGAUGAGGGCGGACUCAAACCCAGCUCUGAUGAUCCGAUUGAUAUAUGGACCGAUGAGCAUGUAGUUUAA